AUGACUGCGGCUGAGUUACUUCUCUUCUUCUGUGCUGAUGGCGAUGCUCGGGUCCGUGCAACGGCGUUAAAUUGUCUAUGUAAUUGGGCGCAGUAUGAAAAACAUAAACACAACGGAACUACAAACAAACGGAAGUACGAAUGGAUUUCGGAUCACUGGCAACAGGUCUACACACUCGCGUGCAAGCUCAUUACUGAGGAUAAUUCAAAGGUGCGCCAGGUUAGCUUGAGAGCAAUAUACCUGCUAGGCUUGCGCUUUGGUCAGCACGAGACCCCAGCAGAUACUAUCAAUCUUUCUGGUGGAUCCAUCGAGAACGCUAGUCUGGAUAUGCGGUUAAGCCCAAAGAAACUGAAUCCUUACCGACCCAAGCUCCCGAGCUUGGUGGAUGACGCCUUCUCCCGUGUCUGCGAUCGCUUACAAGACCCCAGCCGAUAUGUCCGUCAAACGGCUGCUGGACUGAUAGGAGAUUUGGCAAAGUUUGUCUCAGAAGAGAGUCUUCUGUUGACGUUGGAAAAGACAGUAAUGUCUGAUAGACAGGUGAAACGCUUUGAUCGACUGAACGGAGGCGGCGGGGUGGACAAGUCGUCGCUGUGGGGUCCGGUUGUGGGCGGCUCCUCCGGCAGACCGAUGCAUCGGGCUCAUCAGCAUCCACAGGCCGCCGCGCAGUCUGCUCCGAUCUCCGUCGACUCCAUUUCUCUCCUCUCCACGGGUGCUCUGGGUGCUCUAAUCAAUGGACUGGAGGACGAGUUUCACGAAGUUCGUUGCGCGACGCUCUCCACGGUGACGCAGAUUGCGGCGUACAACGCGCGCUUCGCGUCCCUCUGCCAGGACAUCCUUGUCGACAUGCUCACCGAUGACAUUCAGUCAGUUCGACUGCGAGCCGUCAAUGCCCUGCAGACGGUUGGAGACCAGGUGCCCAUUCUGAACGACCAGGUGGCGAUAGUGACGUCGGCGCUGGCGGAGGACAGUGUGGUCAUCCGGCAGCGCAUCCAUGCUCUGCUCUCGCGCUGUCGCCUCGUCUCGCCGCCCUGCCUCCUCUCCCUUCUGGACGGUCUUCUCGCGAACCUCCGCCUCUACCCCGAGGACAGGAACUCCGUCUGUGCAGCCGCAGUCGGUCGUCGACAUCCGUUUUUCGUGGAGGUUUGUGUGACGAGUCUUCUGCGGACGCACCCCUGGCUUUCGGACCAGGAACCCUUCAGGGAGGAUCCAGCCUACAUCACCGUUCUGUUGCUCGUCCUCAACGCUCACCCCCACGCCCCCGGCAUGGCUGCCCACUUCCCUCGCCAUCUGGCCACCUCACAGGCCUAUCUACGAGAGCUUGUUCCGCAUUUGCUUCCGAAGGAGACCAUGCGCUUCUCUUUCGUCUGGAAACCCUCGACCGAUCUCUGCCUUCCAUAUAAGCGCCAGCGUCUGGAUCGCGGGCUAAGUGAUGAUGUCGACGAUACAACAGGCAGCCAACUCUUCCGUUUCCUCACCUCCACAGUGGGACUUCUGCGUCGGCUUCUUGCAGAUUGCGUCCACACUCUCCAUCAACGCCGUGAGCUGCCAACAUCUCCCGACAAGUCAGCUGGGGAGCCCAUGGACACCGAUGAGAAACCAGCCGUGUCGGCAUCGGAGCUGAAGCGACGGCUGGCGCGACUGGGGCAGGCGUCGCGCCAGGAGUUGCGUGUCUGCCAGAACAGCCUGGGCGCGCCGUGGCUGGGCGACCUGCCCUCCUGGCUGAACUGCCUCGUCACUGCGGCCCAGUGUCUGCUAGCAGCCACCCUCCACCAGACCACAAAUCCCAAACUCUUCAUCACGCUUCUGCGACAGGUCAAGAAGCUUUCGCUCAGGGCAGAGCACCUGUACUUGGGCCUCACCCCACAGGAAGUGGCGGCAGUUCGUGGACUGCGGUCGGCCUUGUCCAGUCCCGGCAUGUUGGACGCUUCCACGGUGAGCCGUGUUCUCACUGAGCUUCUCGACGUGUGCCUGAGGACCGAGGACAUUGAGUCUUGCGUGGGCAGAAUUCAAAAGCCCCACGCCCAGCUCCUGCACCCACCGCCGACGAAGUCCGAUGUCGACUCGACUGGCGCCGGGCAGACCCCCGCUGGACCGCUCCCCGAGAUCCGAUUCACCGCCGUCCUCGCCACCGCGGCCGUGCGCGUACGCGCCAUCGUCACGGGCUUGUCUCUGCAACAGGCGAGUCUCAUGUAUGCUAAAGAGGGACUUUCCAUGCUGACAGAUUCUGUCCAGAUGGUUCUUGUUUUUCGAGAAUCUCGAACUCGCACUCAGCUUAGGAGCCGAGUGCGCGUCCUCUACCGUCGUCCAGACACCGCGGGCAAAGCCCAGCGCCAGUGCUCCUGGCUCCCGCCGGCCUCCGCCUGGGAGGUCCUUGACGGUCCCCUCAUGGAACCUGGUGGUGGGGAACUCGCCCACACCACCCCCCACACCAAGGCGCCGCGCCUGGAGUUGCAGACUACUCUGGAGUUGACGGCCUCGUGCUGGAGCGACACUGCCACCCUGGAAAUCGGCCUCGGCAUCAGCGUCCCCACGACAGAAGGCAACCCCGACGACGACGAGUUGGCGCCGGCUGUCAUCUCGCUGUUGCCUCCCGACGUGGUCGCCAAAGUCAAACUGCUGCCCUGCGACACCUCCCAUCGGUGGUGA